UUCUUCGAGCUCGGUCCAGUUGUGUUCACGGCUGACAGGAUGUUUGAGCGCGGUGGAGCCGCUGCUCCGUUCAACCUGUUCACAACUUCUCCACGAAGUUAACCCUCUAAAAUCAACGCCGCGCCUUUCUUUCUUUAUUAUUAUUUUUUUCCCUAAUUUACCGGACGGAUCGGUUCUCUGUGGUUUUUAUCAGCGGAGCUACAGUUUUUUUGUUUUCUUUGUUUUUAUUUGAGGAAAUCCGUGUUUCUGUUCCCACCGAGGCGUUUUCCGCAACACGGCAGGGAAACUUCAGCGGCUCGGGAUGGACGUACCUGUUUUUAUUCUGCUCAUCCACCUGACACAAACACAGAUCAAAGCUCUGGUGACGGGUACAGUGGAAGACGAGGUCCGCUGCCCACUCGGCGAGUUCCCGUGUGGCAACAUCAGCCAAUGCCUUCCUCAGAACCUGCAGUGUGACGGACGCACCGAUUGUCCCAAUGGAGCUGACGAGCUGCUCUGUGGUGACAACAUUGGAAUGGCAGACUUCGUUGGCAAAACAAUUCAGAACAAAUCGGUGGCGGGCGACUCCUCCUCCGGGUGCUUCUUGCCGACGUUUCCAGCCGGUUGUGGCUGCAUACACACAGAUGUUACGUGUGUGAAGGUCAACCUUACGGAGGUUCCUCUCCUCUCUUCAAAUGUUACCUGGCUGUCGCUGAAGAGCAACAGGAUUCGGGUUUUGCCUGACUUUGUGUUCUCAGAGUACUCUGCUCUAGAGAAACUGUUUCUGCAGAACAACAGCCUCCAGUUCAUUUCCAAACAUGCCUUCAGUGGUCUGUUUAGUUUAAAAAAGUUGUUCCUCAGUGAAAACUUAAUCAACUCCCUUAGUCCUGGUGUGUUCAAGGACCUGAAUCAGUUAGAGUGGCUGAUGUUGGAUCACAACAAUCUGAGCAGCUUGUCCCACGAAGCCUUUCUUGGACUUCAUUCCCUCAUGUUUUUGUCCAUGGUGCACACCUCACUGCAGCAGCUUCCUCAUCCAAGCUUCUGCCAACACAUGCCUGCCCUGGACUGGCUUGACCUUGGGGGUAACCAGAUCCAGAUUCUUAACUACUCAAUCUUAAAGACGUGCAGCAAACUUGAAGUCCUAGUCCUGGAGGACAACAGGAUCCGAGAGGUUCCUGAGAACACCUUCCAGUCUCUGUGGAAACUGGCUGACCU